AUGUCUGUAUCAGAGGCCCUCUCGAAGGUCCAAAAGCUUGUCUCUGAGGAGGCAUCGGGAAACAAAGAUGCCCACGCGGACCUUCUCAAGGCAAUCCGGGAGCUGCAGCUUGCCGCGGAGACGCCAUUAGAGACUACCUCUCGAGUGAACUUUCAGAUUCUGCAAAACAUUUCUAUCAGAGUCGCUAUUGAGCAUCAAUUUCUUCAUAUCCUUGUUGAACAUGAUAAGCCCGUUUCCGCUGCGAAAUUGGCCAUUGAGACGGGGGCGGAUCUUUUAUUGAUCGUCCGAGUAAUGCGCAUGUUAACGGCCAUUGGUUUCUGCGAUGAAGUUGGAUACCAACUGUAUUCUGCUAACGACAAGACGCGCUUCAAAAUCCUUCCAGGAUCAAUCGCAGCCGAAAAGCACCACUUCGAUCUCGAUUUCGGCAUGGGUGGGCGACUGGUAGAUUACAUGCGCGGACCUGGGAUUCAACAGUUCGCCGACGAACCCGGUGCCAUCACACUGUUCAACUAUGCCCACGGUACCGAUGUCAUCUUCGGUCUGCUGGAGCGAAACCCAGAGCAGAAAAAAGCCUUUGAUGAUUACAUGGCCGCCCGUCGGGUGGAUGACAUGCCACAGUGGUUCGAGAUCUUCCCAGCAGCAGACAAAAUAGGCCAGCUUCGGGAGGAUCCAAGUGCAGCUUUGAUGGUUGAUGUGGGUGGAGGUCCUGGACAAGAACUGGCAAGAUUCAAGGAGCGGUACCCCCACCUUCCGGGUCGAUUUGUCCUUCAAGAUCUUCCAAUUACGUUGAACCGUAUUGAAAAGCUGCCAGAUGGCAUUGAGGCCAUGAAGUAUGACUUUUUUACUCCGCAGCCUGUCAAAGGCUCUCGUCUGUACUUCCUGCGAGAUGUACUGCACAACUGGUCGGAUGCGAAGAGCGCCCAGAUUCUAUCUCGAAUUGUUGAAGCCAUGGAUCCGGAGUACUCUACUCUGAUUAUCGAUGACUACGUUCUACCUGAUACCGGGGCUGAACUCCGAGCUGCGGAAAUGGAUAUUCUCAUGUGGCUUCACACAGCUGGACUGGAAAGAACAGUCUCACAGUGGAACGGCCUGUUCGAUACAGUGGGCCUGGAGCUUGUGAGCAUCUGGAGCUCUCCCCGUGGAAAUGAGUCUGUGUUGGAAACACGGGUUCGGCGGAAGUAG